CUGCAUAAGGUGAAUUUAUUUUACUUAUAGGCACAUGACGCGAGUGUGAAAGAGACAACAAUAGUUUAGUGUUAUAUGAAGCUUCAACUGACCUGAAUAUUUUCUUCCAAGCUUAUUUACGACGUUUCUUGUCUAUGCUGAAAGAUACGCAUCCCGAGCGAUACAUACGGUGUAAAGCUUUUUAGUGACAAAUGUAUAGUAAAAAUGAAGGAAAAUACCGUACUUAAGUGGCAAAAAGUGUACAAUCCCACCGGUCCUCAACCACGGCCUCGCCAUGGUCACCGGGCUGUGGCGAUCAAAGAUUUGAUGAUAGUUUUCGGUGGUGGCAACGAAGGGAUAGUUCACGAGCUUCACGUCUUCAACACCACGACAAACCAAUGGUUCGUACCCGUAACGAAGGGAGAAGUGCCCCCGGGAUGCGCCGCCUACGGCUUCGUCGUCGACGGGACGCGCCUCCUCGUUUUUGGCGGCAUGGUCGAGUACGGCAAGUAUUCUAACGAUCUGUACGAACUGCAAGCUUCGCGGUGGGAAUGGAAACGUCUGAAGCCCCUGCCGCCCAAGCAGGGCCUGCCGCCGUGCCCGCGCCUCGGCCACAGCUUCACGCUGCUCAACGGCAAGGUGUACCUGUUCGGCGGGCUGGCCAACGAGAGCGACGACCCCAAGAACAACAUCCCGCGCUACCUGAACGACCUGUACACGCUGGAGCUGUACCCCAACUCGUCCAUGACGGUGUGGGACCUGCCGCUGACGUACGGGCAGUCGCCGCCGCCGCGCGAGUCGCACAGCGGCGUGGCCAGCACGGACCGCGCCAGCGGCAAGGCCUCGCUCAUCAUCUACGGCGGCAUGUCGGGCUCGCGUCUCGGCGACCUGUGGCUGCUGGACGUGGCGUCCAUGGCGUGGUCGCGGCCCGAGGUGGCGGGCCCCGCGCCGCUGCCGCGCUCGCUGCACACCGCCACCGUCAUCGGCCACCACAUGUACGUGUACGGCGGCUGGGUGCCGCUCGUGCCCGACGAGAGCAAGCUCGCCACGCACGAGAAGGAGUGGAAGUGCACCAACACGCUGGCCUCGCUGGACCUGGAGGCCAUGACCUGGGACGACAUCUCGCUGGAGCGCUUCGACGACUGCGUGCCGCGCGCGCGCGCCGGCCACAGCGCCGUCGCCAUCCAGACGCGCCUCUACAUCUGGUCCGGUCGCGACGGCUACCGCAAGACGUGGAACAACCAGAUCUGCUGCAAGGACCUGUGGUACCUGGAGGUGGGCGUGCCGCCGCCGGGCGGGCGCGUGGCGCUCGUGCGCGCUGGCACCACCUCGCUGGAGCUGUGCUGGCCGCCCAUCAACACCGUCACCACCUACCUGCUGCAGAUACAGAAGUGCGGCAAGGUGGCGCCCGCGCGCUUCCCGUCCGGCGGCGAGCCCGUGCCCGCGGCGCCGCCCGCCGCCGCGCCGGAGCCCGCGCCCGAGCCCGCCCCGCGGCCCGCGCCGCCCGCGCCCACCACCCCGCAGAAACUGGCGCCCACUCCGGUGAAGGUGACGGCGCCGCCGCAGCUGCCGACCGCGGCCGCCGCCACCGUCAAGCUCUCGCCGAGCACGCCGGCCGCCAAGCCCGUCACGUACCAGACCAAGGCGCUGCCCAAGUCCCCAGGCGCGGCGACGUCGCCGCAGGUGAAGCUGGCGACCCCGGGCGUGACGCGCAUCGUGUCGGCGGCGGGCGCGGCGAGCGGCGCGGGCGCGGUGCGGGUGAGCGCGGCGAGCGCGGGCGGCACGCUGGUGCUGAGCGGCUCGCCGGGCGGCGCCGGGCCUCGCUUCGUGCAGGUGAAGGCGGGCGGCGGCGCCGUGCCGGUGAAGCUGGGCGGCAACGUGCCAGUGCGGCUCGCGGCCGGUAAUGUGCCGCUGAAGCUGGGCGCCGCGCUGCCGGGCAAGCUGCCCGCCGGCGCCGUGCAGAAGGUGGCGGUGAGCUCGCCGGGCGGCACCCUGAAGCUGGGCGGCAACGUGCUGGUGAAGGGCAGUCCCGCCGGCAAGCUGCCUGUGAAGCUGGGCGGCGUGCUGACCCCGGGCGCGGCGACGCCGGGCAAGGCGCCCGUGUACAAGAUAGUGACGUCGGCGCAGGGCAAGGCGGAGAUGGCGUCCCCGGCGCUGCGGCCGGCGGGCGCGGCGGCGCGGCCCGGCGUGCGCGCCGUGCGGCCGCAGGGGGCGCUGCUGCGGCCCGCCGCCUCGCCCGGCAUCCCCGUCAUCAUCAAGAAGUCGGGCGCAGGCGGCGCGCCGGCGGGCUCCGCGCCGCAGUACGUGACGCUCGUGAAGACCUCCACGGGGAUGACGGUAGCCACGAUGCCCAAGAUGGCGAUGGUGCAGAACCGCGCGGUGGCGCCGGCGGCGGCAGGUGGCGCGGCCGGCGUGGGCGGCGCCACCAUCGUGAAGCUGGUGUCGGCGGGCGGCGUGGGCGGCAACAAGAUCAUCACGCUGCCCUCCAACAUGCUGCAGCUGGGCAAGGCGGGCGCGGCCGGCAAGCAGACCAUCGUCAUCACCAAGUCGGCGCCGCAGCCCGCGCCGCCGCAGUGAGUGCCCACACCGGACACACGGACGGACUACCAAUAGUGUAUUUUAAAUCGUACUAUAGUCUAUGAAUUUUGUAUGUUAUAUGGGUCUCUGUAGAAAGUGUCCUGAUAGAAUUUAUACUAAAUGAUUUAUUUACUUUAUUAACGUUUUAGUCAUAAUAAUGCACUCUGUCCCGAUUCAUGUUUCUGAAUGCACUUGCAUUGUCUGUCUGUGUAUUUGGUGUACUGAGUUGAUCCUACAUGUUGCUAUUGGUGUGACCGUUAUUAACUCCUACUGAUACUACGUGUGACUAGUUAGAACAAGUGCCUGAUGUGCAGUUACAUCAUUUGCUAAUGAUGGACGCAAAAACAGCAGUUUGGAAGGUUGACCUAAUUUGGGUGUUGGCCAAUAUUUUAUACUACAGAAAUAAUUAUAUUUUGACAAAUUAAUGAGGCUCCAUUUGAUCACUUUUGAUCUAGAGUAUUUUACUGAAAUUCUGUAAGAUACCAAGUAAGGAGGAAUUCUAGGCAGAGCUCGAGAAAACUUGUAUUUUUUUACAUUUCAUUUAGUUGUUCAGAUUUGUCUUUGAAAAUUCAAAUCUCAGUCUUCCUCAGUCAGCAGAUCAACUGGAAGACAUCUCAAUUUUAUAUUAUUUAUAAAGAGUAAUUUUAUUGUGGCCAAAUUGUUAUAUGAAAGUAAUAUGGCAUUGUGCUAGAGCUAGUUAUAGGAAUAUUUAGCACAAGUGUGAGGGCAGGGCUCUGGCAGCGAGGCUCCACUGUCCCGCCAGCCAGCGACCACCCGUGAUUCCUGUCUCAGUUGUUAGCUGAACACAACAUAAUACUGAUUAAAUAACAUAUUAUUUAAGGUCUGAGUCAUUGCCAUGUCUGGUAGAUAGUUUUUGGAGGUCAUGUUUAUGUGUUUAAUGUUCUCGAAGAGAUGUAAAUUGGCUGCUCAACACUGUCUCAUAUCCAAAUUCAAUGCAAUAAUAUAGGUGUUGUAGAGAGAGGCGCGUCGGGCCGCGGACAUUUUAUAUUGAACCUGAUUGUUAUGUUUGUAAUGAAGGCACACUUCCAUUGUGGACUAUGACAAUUUUAUUGAUAAGUUAUUUAUCAAUAAUCUUACUUGUAUAAGAUUUGACAUAAAAAUGCAGAAUAGUUUGGUAAAAUGGUGAAGUGGUUAUAUUUAUUGUAAUCAUGUUUGUGUUGUGGGUGCGGCGGAGAUGCCUUUAAAUUCUCAUAGUAACUACAUAGAGAGGAAUAUAUUCUGCAUUUCUAUAUUAUUUAGGCUAAGUGUCCUAGAUAUAUGUAAUCAUUAUUAAGGUAAGUGAGGUAUGGAAUGUAAAUAUCAUUAAGUAGAUAAAUUUAAUGUUAUAGUUUUGUUCAUAUUAUUUUCAUUUGCUUGAAUAAACGAUUUGGAUAAA